AUGUCCAGUUCAGACAUCCACAGUCCUCUGCAGAACCCGACAUUUUCGCAGAAGAAACGACGGCUCCGCGCGGCCCUCGGCGACCUGCAGGAGUACUCCGACGCCCCGCCCGCCGUCCGCCGCCUCGCCAUCGCCACGGAAGAGGAAGAGGAGGAAAACGAAAGGGAAAGAGAAACCACCGCCAGUGUUAGUUCCGCCCUGUGGAAUGAGACCACCGCCCCGCCCACACCGCUGGAGCGGCAGAGCACACGGAAGAGUCCCUGCGGCGACGAUCCAACAACUGGCGGAGUUCUCACGUGGAAUAUAAACCACGAGGAUGGAGAGAGAGUGCCAACCCCGCAUUUGAGUGAUGUCCAAGCAUAUGGUGUUGGGUGUUUGCAGAGGACAAUCGAUACAUAUGUGGGAAGUCCUGCAGAAAGUGCGAAAAUCAUCUCUCUCGCUCCCCGUGCUCGCUCCUCCCCUUCCUCUUCAAGGAUAUCCGCAACUCCUUCUUAUCGGCAAAGGAGAAGAAAGAGUGACGUGUUUAACACAUGUCCUUAUUGGAAUACAGGGCGAAGUCGUUCUUUUUGUUGUCACUGUGCUCAGAUAUUUUGCUCGGGUUCACAAGACGGAGAGGAGAAAGAUGAUGGAUUAUUAACAAAAAGGUCAAAAAGUAUUGAUAAAAGCAGUGGUAACAGUAGAAGCAGUAGUGUUUGUACAAAUACUCCUACAGAGAAUAUCUCCAAUAGCCCCACAGUGUGUAUUUUCCGACAACCUAUGUUGAUAUUUAAAUCUCUUGGAUUGUUAAAACCCGUAAUGUUUGCAAACUCUUUCCCGCGGGGUACAACACCAAUUCGAUUGAAGAGAGUACCUCGCGAAACACAGAAUUCCGAUAAAAGUUACUGUAAAAAAGAACCUACCAAGAUCAAGGGUUCGGUGACAUCUACACAAGGACAUCAUCGAGUUAAGAUAUUGCCAUCAACUGUGGAGGAACUUCAUCAUUACACAAAACCACGUGGGGGUGAGAGUGUAUUUUCUCUUUCAACCCCACGACGACAGUCUACUAGUUCAUCCGCGUAUUGUCCAAACAGUCUGCACUCACAACGUCAAGCAUUUCUCUGGAGUCCACGUACACAGCCACAACAACAACCACAACAUUUUCACUCUCGUGUCUUUUCAUGUAGUCGUGCUAGCUCUGAAAAAGCUGGACAUAGUCCACCCUCUAGCAGUACAUUCCGUACACUCCCUUCAGAGUCCCUUGAAUGGCUUCAACAACAUUUAAUGCUUCAACAAUCGCAUGUUUGUAAUUUACCCGUUUUUACAUCUGCGGGACCCGGUGGGGAAAGUGGAGGCGGAGAAGGACAUGUGGGUCUUCUCUCAGCCCGGACGAAUGGGAGAUUCCCUGGAAAUAACAGUAUCAGCAGUCUUCUGCUCACCCGCACAGGUAGUAAUAUUGAUACCCUGCCCACCUGCUGUGAUGCCCCACUGGAGGCAUUUAUGGAUUCAUCAAGUUUGGCAACAAGCAGUAUCACUACCCUUACGUGA